GAUUAGGAGCUCAUUAACAUCUAAUUAAGAGACGAUUUCCGAAAUUACGCAGUCAGUGUUUGAGUUUCGCUUGACGAAAUUUUUCAACGGCAGUCGCUAAUUUUUACCACGCGGUUUGUUUUGUCAACAAAAAAAAAACGGCCGUUCCGAAGCCGCCGAAACUGGAAAGCGGCCACAACGCCGUCGACACCGCUCCGGGAAAAAUGUGAACGCCAAGCAACUCGCGAAAACGGUUGAAUAUUCGCGUUUUCCGACCGGCGGCCACGUGAUUAAACACCUUUCAUUCCUGAUUAGAUUCGAUUUGUUUAAACGGCCGACAUAGUUUUUCUUCGUUUCCAUUGGCGUAGUUACAAGAAAAUUUUUAGUUACUUCUGGUUAUUUUUUUGUUUAACUGGUUAAUAGCCCGGAAAUCUUGACCACGGUGAGCAAAAAAAAACAACAGUCGCAAUGGUACUGCCCAAGGGGAACCCGCACUCGCACGGCCACUCGGAAAACGGCCACCCGCGGACCUUCCAAGGGCGCGAGUCUAUCCUCGCUUCCAGGAUAAGCCUCUACGUCGAAGAAAACGACACCAAAAUCCCCGACGGCGGUUGGGGUUGGCUAGUGGUACUAGCCUGCACUUUCAUCAACUGCGUUUCGGACGGCAUCACGUGCACCUUCGGACUUCUCUAUAUAGACUUUUUGAAUGAGUUCGGUGCGUCUAAUUCAGCGACCGCUUGGAUCGGAAGCCUUUACGUAGCGGUACCGCUAGUGGCGGGACCGAUAGGUAGUGCCUUGGUGGAUAGGUACGGGUGUAAACUGAUGACAGUGGUGGGGGCAGUGAUUUCUACCGUGGGGUUCAUCUUAAGCACUUUCGCGAAAAACAUCGUCGUGAUGUACGUUACCUUCGGUUUCAUAGGCGGUAUAGGAUUGGCUUUGUGCUACGUUACGGCUGUAGUGUCGAUCGCGUUCUGGUUCGACAAGAAGAGGACGUUAGCUUUGGGGUUGGCCGCUAGCGGUUGCGGCUUUGGUACCGUCAUUUACUCGCCGCUAAUUACCAUACUCUCGGGACAGUACGGGUGGAGGGGUACCGUACUUAUAUUGGCAGGAUUGUUCGCCAAUAUGAUAGUGUGCGGGUUACUCAUGAGGGAUCCGGAUUGGGUUAUAAAACAGGAGAAGGAGAGAUUGGCUGCCGAACGAGCAAACAAGGACCCAGAAUCAAGACGUGGCAAGAAAGUCAGCGACGUCAAGUACGUCUUGGAAAAUGUCAAGACCGUGGUUAACAUCAAUGAAAAGGGCAGGUUCCAUUCGGUAGUCAACUUGCCCACGUAUCUCCAUGAUCAAACGGAGAUACCCUUGGAGGUGUUAAAGAACCUAAGCAACGACAAGCACCUAUACCAGAUCAUUUUGGUGAACUACCCCAACUUGCUAUCCAGUAGCAGUCAUUCAGAUACAGGUCCAGAUCGUUUGGCAGCCGACGCUUCUUUGGUGACCACUAGGGUACCAGUGCGACUCUCGAUGAAACUGAAGCCCAUACAAGAACCUGAGAGACAGCUAACGGCCAACCAUAAUGGUGUGGACGCACCGCUCAUAAGAAGAAUCUCCUCCAAAGCGAAAAUACAGUCCAGCCAGCACCUACACCACAGUUACCUCAAAAACAUAAGGCCCAAGACCGGAUCUGUGGGGUGCAAUGGCGCCAUGCUCAAUAUCCACAAGUACAAGUUGACCGCGUCGAGCUGUCCGGAUUUUUCGAAGGAUGAGAUCGACACGCCCCCAAAAUCAGAGAAGUGGUACGACGAAUUCCUGGGGGUACUCCAAGACCUCACCAGUUUCGACCUCUUUGCUGACUUUCACUUUUUCCUCCUGAGCAUCGCCACCAUAAUAAUGAACACUUGGUUCGUCGUACCGCACUUCUAUCUCGCGGAUCACAUGGUAAAGUGCAAGUACGAGGACUACCAGGUAUCGCUGGUGAUUUCGAUCAUAGGCGGCACCAACGUUCUCGGAAUGGUGAUACUGGGCUGGCUGGGCGAUAAAAUAGAAACCACCAAACUGUACACGCUGUGCCUGAUAAUGAGCGGAGGUUCCAUAGUCGUCAUGAAAAUGUUCACUACCAGCUACGUUCUGCUCAUUAUAUCAGGGGCAGCUUUCGGUUUGUUUUACGCGAGUUGUCAUUCGCUAACUCCGGCCAUUACGGCGAAACUCGUACCGCUCGAUACCUUCGCCAAAGCGUACGGCUUGAGCUUGCUGUGCCAGGGGAUCGGAAAGCUAACGGGACCGCCCCUUGCUGGUAUGCUUUUUGAUUUGACGAAUUCUUACAGUCAGCCGUUUUAUCAGGCAGCGUUUUGGAUUACGCUGUCGGGACUUCUCAUCGGCAUCAUUCCCUACACGAAAACGAGGAAGUUGUGCGGGUAGGGGCGGUACCGUCGCCAAUGAGACUGUUUUUCCUUUUAAUGUGUAAUAUAUAUGUAUAGUAAUAAACUUGUUUUAGUAAAA